GAUUCGUACUAUUCGACCGAAUGGAGCAGUACUGUUAAAACAAUAGUUAAACCAGGUAAAUGAUCCCUGACAAAUCCAUAUUAGAUGUAUAAAAUGAGACCACAAAUAUAAGAACUAAGGUGUACAAAUUGUCAAUUUCAGAUCAUCAUGUGAUGUUAUGAACCUUUGUUUUUAUGCAUUUUAAAUCAUAGUACGUUCUGUUACAGCUCAUGCAGUGCAGUGCAGUGCAGUGCAGUGCAGUGCAGUGUAGUGAAGUAUCGUAAACGGCAAAGUACUCUAACGGAAAAGUACAGUAACAGUACAGUUCUAUACAGUGCAGGAUGAUAAUAGGCUGCGUUGUAGAAGAACAACCUACGUCAGAGAUACAGAAACGUACAUGCUGAAUAGAAAAGCUAAAAAAUCCUUAUAUUUUUUAUAGGGCUGAGUGGACCUCCAUUGAACGUGGCUUUUAACUCCCGCGGUAAAACCUCACUACAAGUGUCCUGGAGAGCUCCUGAAGAACGUUUACAGAACGUUGAACUGACAGGAUAUCAAGUUUGCUUUUAUACAAGGGACACUGCUCCAGAAUGCUUAGUACUUACAAGCACUAAAGUACUUUCCCUUACACUCAACAAUCUCAAACCUUCAACGAAGUACUUUGUGACGGUUUCAGCCAGCACAAAAGCUGGUUAUGGAGAGAAAAGUUUGGAAGUCACUAAAAUAACAAGUGGAGGUAAUUCAGUAAUAUGAAUAGUUGGCAUUUAUUCUAGCACUCGUUUGGACAAACCAGUCAUGAUUUAGAGGUGGACAAUAAAAAUUGUGGUUUCCAAAGAACGAAGCAAUGCAAUAGAACAUGAAAAAUACAAUAGAAUCCAACUAUAUUUCUAUAGAAAUAGUAAAAUCUAUGCGUUUGGAGAUGGCAAAAUAUAGUCGUAUUGUAAAAUGAUACUCACCAGUUUAGGCAUGCAUGCGCAUUGUCAUAGUGUUUCGAGUGGUCGUUUGAUGUAUUUAAUUUUUUUUUGUAUUUAGAGCCAGUAAAUCCACUCACAACGUCCGAUUACACUCUGAGCCUAAAUAUACCUAAACCAGCAGAAUAUAUCAGGUAAGUUUUCACAUGUCAAAGGAUUGGAACAGGCUCGUUGUUUAUAUAGAUCAUAGUGCAAUAUACAGGGUGUAUAAAAAAAAACGCAACCUCGGAAUUUCCUAAGAAAUCACUUUGCAAUUCUUAAGCAUAAAAAAUUUUAGGCCCCUGGGAAUUGAAAUCGAAUUGCUAAUAGAUCAUAUUACUGUUGUUGUGCAUUAAAUAAAUGCAUAAAUUUUGCUUUAUGCACUCGCGUGUGCAGUAAUUUUGACAGUUGUGCUAUUUUAAAUUCCCAGGCGCCUAAAAUCUUUUGUCUUCAAAACAAUGUCGAUUUCUUGGGAAAUUCCGAGGUUGCGUUUUUUUUGAUACACCCUGUAUGCAAGCGUUGUCAAGUCUUCUAGAGGCAAAAAUAAGGCUUGGUCUUGCGGCAGCUUUUAACGACAAGCUUAACUUAACCACCAAGCCUUUUCUUAACCAGCUGAGCAUGCUCGAUUGGCUCUGAACUAUUGCUAGCUCUGCUCAAGUCUUGCCAAGUAUUUUGUAGGCAAAAAUAAAAACAGUUUUUUGUAUUUCAAAAGAUGGUCUAUAGCUGACGAAUUUGCAUAGUAAAGCUUUUAAAUAAAUCAUAGAUAAAAACCUAUUAACUUUGACAGCACUUUGUUUUGUGUUUGUUUCUAUAUUGAAAUUUACUGAUUUAGAGAAGUGAUGGUCAUUUUGCAACUUGUCACAAGCAGUCAAACACCAAGUGAAAAUAUUAGAACAAGCGAAUUCAAACCUUACCAAACAAGCACACGAGAUCCGUACAUCACUGCCUAUUUAAAAUCUGAUGUUCUACCUUUGACAUUUGUGAUCGGUGAUGGUAGGGAGUAUAAUUCUGAAAAAGAAAAGUACUUCAACCAACCUCUGGAACAGAAUUCAAGUUAUCUCGUGUUCCUGAGAUUCUUUGAAAGCCAGGUGAACAAAUAAGAUAUCGAAAUAAUUUGAUAAGAUAGCACGUUAUGUCACUGAAUUUUAGCCAGAAUUUGCACACUAACAAUUAUAUUCUCGUUUAGGAUUCGUACUACUCGACAGAGUGGAGCAACAGUGUGAAAACUAUGACAAAACGUCCAGGUAAAUAAAUCCCUCUCUAUUUCACCAUGGGAGUUAUACCUCACGACCUAUAUGAAACAUCAAGCACACAUUUAUUGUAUAUUCAUGUCAACGAAUUAUCCGGAGAAAGAUAUUAACCCAUUAUCAUGCAGUGUAACUGAAAUUAAACCAUUGUGCUUCUGUCCCAUGAGUUGGGAUCUUGAUUAACACUUCCGGAUAAAUUAAAACCUUUAGAUCUAAAUAAAAUAGUGGUCUUUUUCACAAGCAGUGAUUUUUUACACUUUUAAUUGCAGUGGAAUUUUUGAGUGAUAGUGAAACGUCAGAACAAUCUGAGAACAACAACACUCGCCUGGAUCUCAUAAUACCACUGGUUAUUUUGGCCUUAUGUUUGCUCCUGUCACUUGCUGUGAUCAUAUACCAACGUCGUCGCUUUCAAAAUAACAAUAGGAAGGAGAGUCAUAAACUGACAUCAAGACAAGCUGACCAAACAGGGACAUCCGGUACGUAUGUAAUCUUUUACAUUAGGUAACCAAAUUGACUUCAUAGCUUGUUUUUAUUGGAUAUUUAUAGCAGUUCGUAACUGUUGUCCAAAUAUAUAGUGGCCAGGGGCGUCGGAAGCGGGGGGUGGGGGUGGCUUGGACCUCCCCCCACUUUUUCAUUUGGGGGGACUAAAUGUCUUUGGGCCCCCCACUUUUUAACAAUGGUCAAUAAUAAAUCACAAGAUUAAUCAGUUUUAUUAUUUCAGUUACGCGUGUAUAGACAAAACAAUUUGAGAUAUUUUAUAACUCCUAAACUAUUUUAUAACUUUUAAAAUAUUUAAAAAAUAUAUUUUAUCACUUUUAAAAUUUUUCCUUAUCAUGUCACACGCCAUCGGCGGGCGAUAAGGGUGCCCCUCGCCACUUUUAGAGCCGUUCCCUUAUUAAUUAGAUCAUGCACUUAUUACGGAAAAGUCGAAUAAAAAGGGAAAUUUCCCCCAUGUUUGAGUAAUAUAUUUAAAUGUAUGGGGUUAAUAGACAGGAAUGUGUAAGUAAGAAAGUAUAAAUCGUUAAACACUUUUACUAUAGCUAGUACCAAACAUUCACCUGCAUUGUGUAAAUCUUGUAGAUUCUGCUCCAAAACCUCCAAAUAGCAAGCAAUCGAUGGAGGUCAUCGAACUGACUGCAGAGAGAGUUUCUUACGUGAAUGACGACACCGUAUAUGAGUCUCCUGACGAUGUGAUAGAAAGUAUUGAAAGAAAUGAGGCUGAAUCUAAACAUGAGAUUACUACAGAAGAGGAAACGUCCGCGUACAUAUCUUUGACAGACCACAAAGAACCUGAAAACUUUUAUCAACCUCUACAAACACUCGGCACCAGUGUUCAUCCACACGAUACGAAGGGGGUUGACGACCAGUCAGCAUUUAAUUUAAAUGUCAGUCCUGUUUAA